ACUCCGAUUCAGUCCCAGUGUUCUGUGACAUGAAAACUAGGGGAGGUGGAUGGACGGUCAUACAAAAACGAGUGGAUGGAUCCCUGAGCUUUGAUGAGAACUGGGCGGCGUAUAAGAAUGGUUUCGGAACACCGGAACAAAAUGACUGGAUCGGAAAUGACGUAAUUCAUCACUUAACAAAAGAAAACAACUCGUCCCUUUAUGUCUCCAUCACUCUCCAGAAUGGUAGAAGUCUGUAUGAGUUGUACGAAAAAUUCACCAUUUCUAACGAAACGGAGAAGUAUAAACUAUUUCUGGCGGGAACUGCAGUGGGGACCUUAGGCGACAGUUUAUUGGACACGGGCUCUUUUUACUUUGGUCUGUCUGGCAUGAAAUUCUCAACGUCUGACAGAGACAACGACGGGAGUAGUUAUAAAAACUGUGCUGCUCACUAUAAAGGAGGCUGGUGGUUCAAAAGUUGUUCCCGCGCCUUCCUGAACGGGCCCUGGUCUCCAGAUACGUGGUAUGAGCCUUGAUAUCCCAAAGUUAGGAACGGGGAAUCCGUCAGAGGGACACUGAUGAUGGUCAGGCGUCACUAGG